UCGCUUCGAUACGAAUACUACCGUCAUUGUUGAUGCUGUGGCUAUUCGGCUCGAUCCGCCCACCCUCCCUUAAAUCACUCUUGUCCUGUCAACGAUUCUUUUCCGACACAACUUUCUCCUGCACGUUGAGGAACUUCAUCUCCAGUCAUGGCUGAUAAAACAAGCUUUGUGGAUACCACCGUUCACCUGGAUGUUAAGGAUUAUUAUGGAAAGACAUUGAAGAACACCUCAGACCUGAAGAGCAAUGCCUGCGUGGCUCCAGCCCAGCCGGUCCCAAAAUUCAUCCUCCAGGCUCUGAAGAAAGUCCAUCCCGAUGUGACGGACAGAUAUUAUGGUUGCGGUCUGGUGGUGCCAGAGUGUUUGGAGGGCUGCAGGAUUCUGGACCUGGGCAGCGGGAGUGGUAGAGACUGCUACAUGCUGAGUCAGCUGGUGGGCGAGACUGGCCAUGUCACUGGCAUCGACAUGACUGAGGAUCAGCUUGAAGUGGCCAGGAAGCAUGUGGACUUUCACAUGAAGGAGUUUGGCUACAAGAAGCCCAAUGUGACUUUUGUCCACGGCUACAUCGAGGCCUUAACAGAGGCGGGUCUGGAAAAGAACUCUUUUGAUAUCAUCAUCUCCAACUGUGUGGUGAAUCUUUCGCCAGACAAGAAACGAGUCCUGACCGAAGCCUUCAAUGUGCUCAAGGAUGGGGGUGAGUUUUACUUCAGCGACGUCUACUGCAAUGGAAGACUCACCGAGGAAAUUAAAAACCACAAAGUCCUGUGGGGUGAGUGUUUAGGUGGCGCGCUGUGGUACAAAGAUCUGCUACAGUUGGCCAAAGAAGUAGGAUUCAGCCCCCCAAGGCUCACGACAGCCAGCAUCAUCACUGUUGACAACAAGGAACUGCAGGGCGUUCUGGGUGACUUCAAGUUUGUCUCUGCCACAUACCGCCUGUUUAAGGUCCCUAAAGGCGGCACCAAGUCAUGUAAAGUCAUGUACAAUGGUAACAUUACAGGCGCAGAGGAGACCCUGCGCUUCGACUGUCAGUACACCUUCAAGGCUGAUGAAGUGGUGGAGGUAGAUGGCGAAGUAGCCUCCAUCCUGACCCAUUCCAGAUUUGCACAAGACUUCACUUUCCAGCCACCUGGAGGCUCCUGUGAACCCUGUGGAGACAAAUCAAAGGCAGGCACCGAGGAUCCUUUCGAGCUGGCUGAGCAGCUGCAGAGUCCAGGCUCAGCCACAGGGGGGUGCUGCAGUACCAAGUCUCCCACGUGCUGCAAGUAAUUCAUUCCGUGAUGCAAGUGACUUCACGUCAUCAUCACAUCUUGGAAUCAUUUCAGAAACAUUCAAAUGUCUUGACAUGAUUGAUUUUACAUAUAUAUAUGAUUUUACAUAUACAUACAUAUUGCAGUUAUCAAAUUUAUUCAUACCCUUGUUGAGAUUAUUUAUAUGUGUGAUUAAAUGAAUACAUUUUGUCUAUUUUGUUUGAGUUAGUCAUGAAAAAAAAUUAUUAGACCACCUUGUUUCUUGAGCUACUGAUACGAUUAAACAAACCUUUGUUUGUACAACAAAAAUAGCUCAUAAGAGUUUCAUUUUGUGGCAGUGCAAUGCUAUAGCUAUAUGUAAGAAGUUAUUAUCAAGAAAACCGUGGAAGUUGCUAGAUUGCAGCUCUUAAAUUCAACUGUGUAUAUAAAUGUACACGUGUAGUUACCUGAGAUUGCAGUACUUUUACACCUUUAACACGAGUCCACCUAGCAAAGGGUGCAAUCUCUGCAGUACCACUUUCCAUUUGAUUGACUUGUUGAGUCAUUAUUAAAUCUGAAAUGAUUAAACCAGCAUAUUGAGCUAAUUAUUCUGUAUUAGGAAAAUAAAUAGUAAGGAUUGCAUUAAUAAUGGGUGAGUAGACAUGUAUUUGAUUUUUUACAAUCGUUUUUAAACCCUUUCUUGACAGUUGUUGUGUUGACAGAUAUUUGUUUCCAAUGUUUUAAGGCUGUAAAAGCCCUCACUAUACACUUUACACACUUUUCUUAGUCAGGCAUGAACAUUUUAUCACAUUUCUCUCGUUUAAACACUCAAAGUUCAAAUUUUACUGAUCAACCUACCAGGUUGGACACAAGAAAUUAAGUGACUCACGUGCAUUUCACUCCUCUGCCUCGUUGUCCUGGCGCCGCUCCGCUGUAGCUUUUGCAUCCUUGUUAAAACAUAUUGCUCCUGUCGUCAUAUUUGCCUCAAAGGGUUAGUUUCUUCUAUUGUUUAGAGCAGGGGUGUCAAACUCGUGCCAUGGAGGG